AUGAGUCCCAGACCUAGUCCCGACAGCGACCCGCCGCAGCCGCGAACGGGCCUGACGUCUCCAAUCACAUCCGCGUUCGCCGGCGGAUCGAACGCGAGCGCCGAUGCAUCUUUCUACGCCACUUCUGGUAGUGCUGCUGCCGCCAAUCUGUCUUGGAGCGCUCCCAGGCGCGCCGAUAGGGUGGGGAAAGGCGCCAAAGGCGGGCCGGAGAACGCGCUGCACGGCUUUCGCGGAGUGCGGCAGCGCAGUUGGGGGAAGUGGGUGGCGGAGAUCCGCGCGCCGCGCAGCAAGAAGCGCAUCUGGCUGGGAUCGUUUGCAGACGCGCGGACUGCUGCGCUGACGUACGACCGCGCAGCGCGGAAGUUGUACGGGCCGCGCGCGCAGCUCAACUUCUUCGACGGGGCGGCAGUUUCGGCGCCCGCCAGCAGCCACCCUCACGGCGCAAGCUUGCGCGCCGCCGACGCCCGCAGCGGCUUGAUCAGCAGCGGAAGCGGCAGCGGCGGGAGUGCCGCGAGCGACAGCGAAGGCGGCGCUUUUGCAGGCGUGAUUAACGGCGGCGUUGGAGGCGGAGAGAGAACGAGCCGCUCCGUCGAAACGCCUGCGCAUGUACCGCGCUGCGCGUCGAGCGACGACGCGACGCCUCUGUCACUGGCGAGGUUCGCGUUCACCGGCGGCGCGCCGUUUCUAACGCGAGACUCCAACCCAGCGGAGAGCACCGUUAGUGCAGCCAUGGCGGCGGCCUCCCGAACCGCGUCGCUCAACGCAGAAACUCUCGCUGCAGCGCGAUGUGACUACAUCGAUGCCCUGCCACUGCCCAGCAUGACCUUCCAAGAAAUCUUUAACCGCUCGUGUCCGCCGCUCACCGCGCCCGCCGCGGCGUCUACCUCGGUAUCCGCGCUCGGCGCGCGCGCCCCGUCAGCGGAGAAGCGCGGCAUGUGGCAGGGGCCGGUUGAGUCGUUCCGCGCGCCCGCGGCGAGCAGCGCGGGGCGCGUCGACCCGUCGGCGGAGAGCGGGCAACUGAAGCGCGGGGAGCAGCAGCAGGCUGAGGAGUCUAUGGCUGGCUCCGGUUUUGAGUCGACUCAGAAGGAGGCCGCGGCGUGCUCUGGCUGGAGUCAUGGCGGUGGCAUUGCUACGCACAGCAUUGUGAAUUGGAAUCGGAACAACCAGGAUCGUGACUUGAGUCAGGGAGUUUCCGCUGGCCUGGGAAGCGAGGGGGCGAGCAUGCGUUUUCCUCCGUGCCCCGCUGUUUUGCCCGCCCAGCUGAGUCAGCAACCCGCUUUGACGGUGCGUGGGGGGCUUGUUCCGUACGGCAGCAUUUUUGCAAGCCCCCCGGUCAUGUCAGUGGGCGGCAUGCACACACCUGGCAUGGCAGUGCCGUGGGGGUGUGGCGGAGCAGUCUCGUGGGUGCAUGAGAGAACGAUGGUGCAGCAAGGGGCGAUGGCUCAAGAGGGAGUGAUGGCGCAGGAUGGAGCGAUAGUGCAGGCGCUGAGGGAGAGCAGAGCGCAGCUGAUUCGGGAGCAGAUGGGCGGCAGUGGUGGCGCCGUGUCUGCUGGGAACGCUUGGAUUGCUAGCAAUGCUUGGACUGCUGGCAGUGCUGGUGCUGGGGUGCAGGAGGGGGCGAUGGUGCAGGCGCUGAGGGAGAGCAGGGCGCAGCUGGUGCGGGAACAGAUGGGCAGCAUUGGUAGCGCUGUGUCUGCUGGGAACGUUUGGGCUGCUGAGACUGGUGGUGCUGAGACUGAUAGCGCUGUGACUGCUGGGGCUGCUGGGUGUGCUGGUGCAGGGGUGUGGAGUGGUAGGUGCACGGAUGGGGCAGAUGCAGUGCAGGGUGGGGGAGCAGGCAUGGAGCAUGGUGAGCUGGACGCAGCAGCCAUAGAGCGCAUGCUGCAGCUCUCAGAAGACCUGCUCGGCCCAGAGGACCCCCCUCCUCAUGGCCAACACAUCCCCCUUGGACACAGGGACCCUCCCCCUCAUGGUGCCAAUGCCCCUCAUGGCCGUGUGGUCACUCACGCCUCUGAUGCGGCUGCAUUGGAGGAAACCAGUGCGGUGCUGGCAUACGGUGAUUACCAGUGUCUGGCCACCGGACUGCCUCAUGCCAUGCCGAGCUCCAAGCCUACUGCCGUGCCCCACUCGUGCUCCCUGCAUGUCUCUCUGCCUGGCUCUGUGCCGCACGCUGCUGCUGCUGUUGCUGCUUGUGAGCCUGUGUGCGGCCUUGCUGACCUGGUAACACCUGUGUCCCCCUCCCCCUUGUGCAUGGGAGGGGAGCUAACAGUGCCUGGCAGCCAUUGCAUGCUGCCACCUGCAGUGCACAUGGCACCAUGUGAGCCGGCAUCGAGUGCUGUCAAUGCUCUCACCAUUGACGUUGCCCAGGAAGACCAGCCGCCGUGUUUUGAGGAACUGCUGUCCCCCAUGUCUAGGCUCUGCCGUUCUGUAGAUGGCAUGCUGGCAUGCCACACCAUGCCAUGUCACACAAUUCUAUCCAUGCCACACCAUGCCAUGCCACACCAUGCCAUGUCACACCAUUCCAUCCAUGCCACACCAUGCCAUGUCACACCAUUCCAUGCCACAUCAUGCCAUGCCACAGCAGCAGCAGUCUCGUGGGUGCAGGAGAGAACGAUGGUGCAGCAGGGGGCGAUGACACUGGAUAGAGUGAUGGUGCAGGCACUGAGGGAGAGCAGGGCGCAACUGGUGCGCGAGCAGAUGGGCAGCAAUGGGAGUGCUGUGACUGCUGGGAACGCUUGGGCUGCUGGCACUGCUGAGAUUGCUGGUGCCGGGGUGCCAGAGAGAACAGUGGAGCAGCAGGGGGCGAUGGUGCAGGCACUGAGGGAGAGCAGGGUGCAGCUGGUGCGGGAGCAGAUGGGUGUCAGUGUUGGUGUCACUGCAGUCACUCAUGGGAACGCUUGGGCUGCUGGGACUGCAGGGACUGUUGGGAAAGCUGGAGCAGGGGUGUGGAGUGGUAGGUGCACGGAUGAGGCAGAUGCAGUGCAAGCAGGAGGAACAGGCAUGCAGGAGGAGCAGGCAUGCAGGAGGAGCAGGAAUGCAGGAGGAGCAGGCAUGGAGCAUGGUGUGCAGGACGCAGCAGCCAUAGAGCGCAUGGUGUGCAGGACGCAGCAGCCACAGAGCGCAUGGUGUGCAGGACGCAGCAGCCAUAGAGCGCAUGGUGUGCAGGACGCAGCAGCCAUAGAGCGCAUGGCAGGCACACUCAAUGCAGGACGCGCAAGGAAGGAGGCACGCUCACUGCAGGACGCGCAAGGAAGGAGGCACGCUCACUGCAGGACGCGCAAGGAAGGAGGCACGCUCACUGCAGGACGCGCAAGGAAGGAGGCACGCUCACUGCAGGACGCGCAAGGAAGGAGGCACGCUCACUGCAGGACGCGCAAGGAAGGAGGCACGCUCACUGCAGGACGCGCAAGGAAGGAGGCACGCUCACUGCAGGACGCGCAAGGAAGGAGGCACGCUCACUGCAGGACGCGCAAGGAAGGAGGCACGCUCACUGCAGGACGCGCAAGGAAGGAGGCACGCUCACUGCAGGACGCGCAAGGAAGGAGGCACGCUCACUGCAGGACGCGCAAGGAAGGAGGCACGCUCACUGCAGGACGCGCAAGGAAGGAGGCACGCUCACUGCAGGACGCGCAAGGAAGGAGGCACGCUCACUGCAGGACGCGCAAGGAAGGAGGCACGCUCACUGCAGGACGCGCAAGGAAGGAGGCACGCUCACUGCAGGACGCGCAAGGAAGGAGGCACGCUCACUGCAGGACGCGCAAGGAAGGAGGCACGCUCACUGCAGGACGCGCAAGGAAGGAGGCACGCUCACUGCAGGACGCGCAAGGAAGGAGGCACGCUCACUGCAGGACGCGCAAGGAAGGAGGCACGCUCACUGCAGGACGCGCAAGGAAGGAGGCACGCUCACUGCAGGACGCGCAAGGAAGGAGGCACGCUCACUGCAGGACGCGCAAGGAAGGAGGCACGCUCACUGCAGGACGCGCAAGGAAGGAGGCACGCUCACUGCAGGACGCGCAAGGAAGGAGGCACGCUCACUGCAGGACGCGCAAGGAAGGAGGCACGCUCACUGCAGGACGCGCAAGGAAGGAGGCACGCUCACUGCAGGACGCGCAAGGAAGGAGGCACGCUCACUGCAGGACGCGCAAGGAAGGAGGCACGCUCACUGCAGGACGCGCAAGGAAGGAGGCACGCUCACUGCAGGACGCGCAAGGAAGGAGGCACGCUCACUGCAGGACGCGCAAGGAAGGAGGCACGCUCACUGCAGGACGCGCAAGGAAGGAGGCACGCUCACUGCAGGACGCGCAAGGAAGGAGGCACGCUCACUGCAGGACGCGCAAGGAAGGAGGCACGCUCACUGCAGGACGCGCAAGGAAGGAGGCACGCUCACUGCAGGACGCGCAAGGAAGGAGGCACGCUCACUGCAGGACGCGCAAGGAAGGAGGCACGCUCACUGCAGGACGCGCAAGGAAGGAGGCACGCUCACUGCAGGACGCGCAAGGAAGGAGGCACGCUCACUGCAGGACGCGCAAGGAAGGAGGCACGCUCACUGCAGGACGCGCAAGGAAGGAGGCACGCUCACUGCAGGACGCGCAAGGAAGGAGGCACGCUCACUGCAGGACGCGCAAGGAAGGAGGCACGCUCACUGCAGGACGCGCAAGGAAGGAGGCACGCUCACUGCAGGACGCGCAAGGAAGGAGGCACGCUCACUGCAGGACGCGCAAGGAAGGAGGCACGCUCACUGCAGGACGCGCAAGGAAGGAGGCACGCUCACUGCAGGACGCGCAAGGAAGGAGGCACGCUCACUGCAGGACGCGCAAGGAAGGAGGCACGCUCACUGCAGGACGCGCAAGGAAGGAGGCACGCUCACUGCAGGACGCGCAAGGAAGGAGGCACGCUCACUGCAGGACGCGCAAGGAAGGAGGCACGCUCACUGCAGGACGCGCAAGGAAGGAGGCACGCUCACUGCAGGACGCGCAAGGAAGGAGGCACGCUCACUGCAGGACGCGCAAGGAAGGAGGCACGCUCACUGCAGGACGCGCAAGGAAGGAGGCACGCUCACUGCAGGACGCGCAAGGAAGGAGGCACGCUCACUGCAGGACGCGCAAGGAAGGAGGCACGCUCACUGCAGGACGCGCAAGGAAGGAGGCACGCUCACUGCAGGACGCGCAAGGAAGGAGGCACGCUCACUGCAGGACGCGCAAGGAAGGAGGCACGCUCACUGCAGGACGCGCAAGGAAGGAGGCACGCUCACUGCAGGACGCGCAAGGAAGGAGGCACGCUCACUGCAGGACGCGCAAGGAAGGAGGCACGCUCACUGCAGGACGCGCAAGGAAGGAGGCACGCUCACUGCAGGACGCGCAAGGAAGGAGGCACGCUCACUGCAGGACGCGCAAGGAAGGAGGCACGCUCACUGCAGGACGCGCAAGGAAGGAGGCACGCUCACUGCAGGACGCGCAAGGAAGGAGGCACGCUCACUGCAGGACGCGCAAGGAAGGAGGCACGCUCACUGCAGGACGCGCAAGGAAGGAGGCACGCUCACUGCAGGACGCGCAAGGAAGGAGGCACGCUCACUGCAGGACGCGCAAGGAAGGAGGCACGCUCACUGCAGGACGCGCAAGGAAGGAGGCACGCUCACUGCAGGACGCGCAAGGAAGGAGGCACGCUCACUGCAGGACGCGCAAGGAAGGAGGCACGCUCACUGCAGGACGCGCAAGGAAGGAGGCACGCUCACUGCAGGACGCGCAAGGAAGGAGGCACGCUCACUGCAGGACGCGCAAGGAAGGAGGCACGCUCACUGCAGGACGCGCAAGGAAGGAGGCACGCUCACUGCAGGACGCGCAAGGAAGGAGGCACGCUCACUGCAGGACGCGCAAGGAAGGAGGCACGCUCACUGCAGGACGCGCAAGGAAGGAGGCACGCUCACUGCAGGACGCGCAAGGAAGGAGGCACGCUCACUGCAGGACGCGCAAGGAAGGAGGCACGCUCACUGCAGGACGCGCAAGGAAGGAGGCACGCUCACUGCAGGACGCGCAAGGAAGGAGGCACGCUCACUGCAGGACGCGCAAGGAAGGAGGCACGCUCACUGCAGGACGCGCAAGGAAGGAGGCACGCUCACUGCAGGACGCGCAAGGAAGGAGGCACGCUCACUGCAGGACGCGCAAGGAAGGAGGCACGCUCACUGCAGGACGCGCAAGGAAGGAGGCACGCUCACUGCAGGACGCGCAAGGAAGGAGGCACGCUCACUGCAGGACGCGCAAGGAAGGAGGCACGCUCACUGCAGGACGCGCAAGGAAGGAGGCACGCUCACUGCAGGACGCGCAAGGAAGGAGGCACGCUCACUGCAGGACGCGCAAGGAAGGAGGCACGCUCACUGCAGGACGCGCAAGGAAGGAGGCACGCUCACUGCAGGACGCGCAAGGAAGGAGGCACGCUCACUGCAGGACGCGCAAGGAAGGAGGCACGCUCACUGCAGGACGCGCAAGGAAGGAGGCACGCUCACUGCAGGACGCGCAAGGAAGGAGGCACGCUCACUGCAGGACGCGCAAGGAAGGAGGCACGCUCACUGCAGGACGCGCAAGGAAGGAGGCACGCUCACUGCAGGACGCGCAAGGAAGGAGGCACGCUCACUGCAGGACGCGCAAGGAAGGAGGCACGCUCACUGCAGGACGCGCAAGGAAGGAGGCACGCUCACUGCAGGACGCGCAAGGAAGGAGGCACGCUCACUGCAGGACGCGCAAGGAAGGAGGCACGCUCACUGCAGGACGCGCAAGGAAGGAGGCACGCUCACUGCAGGACGCGCAAGGAAGGAGGCACGCUCACUGCAGGACGCGCAAGGAAGGAGGCACGCUCACUGCAGGACGCGCAAGGAAGGAGGCACGCUCACUGCAGGACGCGCAAGGAAGGAGGCACGCUCACUGCAGGACGCGCAAGGAAGGAGGCACGCUCACUGCAGGACGCGCAAGGAAGGAGGCACGCUCACUGCAGGACGCGCAAGGAAGGAGGCACGCUCACUGCAGGACGCGCAAGGAAGGAGGCACGCUCACUGCAGGACGCGCAAGGAAGGAGGCACGCUCACUGCAGGACGCGCAAGGAAGGAGGCACGCUCACUGCAGGACGCGCAAGGAAGGAGGCACGCUCACUGCAGGACGCGCAAGGAAGGAGGCACGCUCACUGCAGGACGCGCAAGGAAGGAGGCACGCUCACUGCAGGACGCGCAAGGAAGGAGGCACGCUCACUGCAGGACGCGCAAGGAAGGAGGCACGCUCACUGCAGGACGCGCAAGGAAGGAGGCACGCUCACUGCAGGACGCGCAAGGAAGGAGGCACGCUCACUGCAGGACGCGCAAGGAAGGAGGCACGCUCACUGCAGGACGCGCAAGGAAGGAGGCACGCUCACUGCAGGACGCGCAAGGAAGGAGGCACGCUCACUGCAGGACGCGCAAGGAAGGAGGCACGCUCACUGCAGGACGCGCAAGGAAGGAGGCACGCUCACUGCAGGACGCGCAAGGAAGGAGGCACGCUCACUGCAGGACGCGCAAGGAAGGAGGCACGCUCACUGCAGGACGCGCAAGGAAGGAGGCACGCUCACUGCAGGACGCGCAAGGAAGGAGGCACGCUCACUGCAGGACGCGCAAGGAAGGAGGCACGCUCACUGCAGGACGCGCAAGGAAGGAGGCACGCUCACUGCAGGACGCGCAAGGAAGGAGGCACGCUCACUGCAGGACGCGCAAGGAAGGAGGCACGCUCACUGCAGGACGCGCAAGGAAGGAGGCACGCUCACUGCAGGACGCGCAAGGAAGGAGGCACGCUCACUGCAGGACGCGCAAGGAAGGAGGCACGCUCACUGCAGGACGCGCAAGGAAGGAGGCACGCUCACUGCAGGACGCGCAAGGAAGGAGGCACGCUCAAUGCAGGACGCGCAAGGAAGGAGGCACGCUCACUGCAGGACGCGCAAGGAAGGAGGCACGCUCAAUGCAGGACGCGCAAGGAAGGAGGCACGCUCAAUGCAGGACGCGCAAGGAAGGAGGCACGGUCAAUGCAGGACGCGCAAGGAAGGAGGCACGCUCAAUGCAGGACGCGCAAGGAAGGAGGCACGGUUUCUCUUUCAUGCCCGCUCUCCUCUGCUUUCGCCCCCUAUCUCCUUUCCUCAUGUGUGGACAAGCGAGGUCGCCGUCCGCCGUGCUGUUGGCCGCCGUGCCACACGACUUGGCAAUGUCCACCUGGCACUGCAGCGCCAGCGCCACGUCAGCGAGGUAGAAAUGCGACUCGCGCACCGUCUGCAGCGCCACCUCAGAGCGACACGCCACCCCCAUGCUUCCCUGGAAGUGGCAGCAGCAGCAAGGAAAAGUGCCAGAGAAAUGAACAGGGAGAGGCGUUGGGAACUACCAAGGUAGGCACCGCAGCAAGAGCAGCGCUGGUGGGUGGUACAAGGGAUGGUGGCAGAGAGCCGGGAGUGCGAGCAGGAGAGCCGCAAGAGAGAGGUGAUGGCACCACCGCAUCCCUGCUGUGCCGGCAUGAGCUGCACAGCAUCACCUGCCGCUGGCGCACUCACCUGUUGCAGUCCCAUGGCCUCACCUGGCCCAGGCUGGUCUACAGGCAGCGGAAGGCCUUGCCCUCGCUGGGCGGCACGCCGCGGCAGAAGGCAUGCAGCUCCAACCCACACCACACGCGUUCAUGA